AUGUUCUCAGGCAGUCGAUACUGCUUGUCGAGGAAAGCAAGCAUACCCGUUGCCGAGAAUAUCAGCGCAGCCAUAAAGAAUGAGCCGCUCCUCUUCCUCUACCCACCAGCCUUUGCUGCGGCGAUUGACAAUUCUAUCGGGCUCACUAAGACACGGACUGCUUCGGAUAAUAGAAAGCCGGGAAAGGAGCGAAUAAACCGUGUACCGGAGGAUUUGCAGAACCGGCAGUCAAGGAGUUCACAGCGCUCCGGGCCCGAGGUACCAGGCCGUCAAAAGCCUCAACCGAAGAGCCAACGUCAGGCAAUCGGCGGCAGCGACACUAUAAUACUUACAAAUAACACUGAGAACACCCCUCUUGACACUGUCCUAGCUCCACCGAUUGUUGAAUAUGAUCGUGAUGACAAGACAAGCAAAAGUAAAAGCACCGCCAGUUAUUCUCAGCCAAAUCGAUCUAAGCAUGCAUUGCCAGAGCUACUGUCCGAGCUGGAUAGUCUAGCAACGAAACAAGGAUCUCAACCAUCAAGCCAUGAAUACAAUAAUGUGGGCGAUACAAGACCAGUACGGAACAAAAGCCAUAUGGGGGGUUGGAUAAGGAAAUCGGCACAUGGUGUUCCGUUACGCUAUACCAAAUCCAUGGCCGAUUUUGACAGGCAAAAUGCUACCAGGAAUCCCUACACGGCACCUCCACGAACUCCUCUACGAUAUGUUCGCCAUGGUUACAAUAAUCCAAUCAGUCACCGUGUAUACCAACCCAAGUCUCUUGAGGAACAGCGAUCUGAUGCACAGCGUCAAACCAGCAUAUGUCUCCAGCUUGUGGAAGGGUUCAAAAGCCUCGUCAAUAACAAACCGGAUCGUCCAGCUGAUGAGUUUCAAAAGACAAUCACAUUAAGUGAAGCUGAUGUCGUGGCUCUUGUUGGAGACGAACGAGAGAAUAUGUGGGUAAUACCCUUCCUGAGCGGUUGCCGGGCACACGUUCUCCCACAGACCGACGACUCACUUGGGCUUCGUCAUCUGGUGUUAAGCGGAACACAGGCAGCUGUUCAAGCUGGGGAGAAGCACAUUGAAGAAUUUAUACAAAACCUUCCCAAGAAUGACCUCCCUCCUUUCAUGCCAUUCCUGAAGGAUUCAUCUCAGAGGCCCUUGAUACGGUCUGUGUGGGCGUCCCUCCCACCGGAACCACUUGUGCCUGGUAAAAAUGAAAUAAAAGCUCCGAAGAAGUUUACUAUCAAGACAUUUGCCGAUUACAUUGAGGAUUUGGUUCUAGUACCAGUUACGCGAUUAGUCCAUGGGAGACUGCAUAGUGCGCUUGGGGUAUCCCACAAGGAUGCAAUCGGAGAUAUGAUCCGCCGUCUCAUGCUCGAUCCUGAGAACAGGCAAUACUUCUCUUCCCGAUCCAUAUGUCUAGCCAUAUCCUACUUUGCGUCCCACCAUGCACGCUCCUCGCUUCCUUCUCUGCUUCCCGCCUUUGAAGGUCGUAUGACAUCACGGACCGUAAAUGCACUCCUGCGAGCAUCCGUGCUUCGUCGAGACUUUGUGUCUUUAAAGUGGUGCAUCAAUGCCAUGAAACGCCAGGGUAUCUACCCUCGCAAUUGGGCUUGGGUAUCAGUACUCUCUUCGAUAACCCCCCACGCCCACCGCUUUGACCUCCUGGUCCAAGCCAGAAAGUCUGGGGUCUUUGACGAUGCACAUGUAUUCCAAGUUGCAGCGUCUAUAUCCAUUCAGCCACGGUUUGGAAAAUGGCUAAAGGACGGCGGUACCGUAUCAGGUUUCAUGAAACACAUGGACGAAACCCUCGGCCACGGCUGGUUAAGUGUUCGAACCAUCAACAGAAUGAUCCUAGAAGGAUCUCUAUGCAGCAAACCAAACGUAAUCUCGGAUAUUCUCGAGUAUUGCGAACGGGUUUCAUUUGGCCUGGAUACAACUAGCUUGAACAAUGCACUGUUUUACUUCCUGCAUCAAUCAGACAAGAUGAACAAGGCGUUCGUGGCCUUAUACCUAAAGGUUACCCAAACCUUCAACAUCAAGGGCGACGAUCAGACAAUGGACAUUCUCUGGCACCUUGCCUGGAGAGCAAGGGCGUAUAACCUCUGCCGGGUUCUAUGGCGACAUGGCUGUCUUAAUGGCUGGACUACACAGAAGAUGCAGGUUAGCAUAUACUCAUCGCUUCGACGAGAGGUGCAUGGAUCUUCCCUGCCAGAGCGUGAAUGUUGGCUGCAGAAGAUCGGCAAGGUGGUUGCUGGUGUUAUUCCGUUUGAAAACCUGGAAACAGAUGCCAGUCAAGACUUCAACAAGCUGGUUCUCGGGGUUUGUGGUUCGCCAUCUGAUGUUUAUCCCGAGUGGCGGAAAGAAUUGGCAAAGAAAUUGGUAGAUAGCGAUCUCAGUGCUUCGGAUGAUGGGUAUGAGUAUAGAGAGCCUCUUAACCAACUUCUUGAGAGAGCCUACGCUUUGGACGAGGAAUGGGGCACAUGUCAUGAUAAGCCAGUUGACUGGCUACGGAAGAACAGUGUGACAGUUGACAUUGUCAAAGCUGAUGUCAGGCCACCCAGCAACCCCCGAGGUUUGAAAUCGUGGGUUAAUCGUGAGCCUCUUGCUCUGGCCGGUUGA